AUACAAGCUUUCUAUGAUUUUGCUGCAAAGCGAGAUCGGUAUCGCUAAACUGACUUCAGAUAAGACUGAUAUAUAAUUUGUUUUUAAUAAAUAUGUCUAGAAUUAUAAGAAUCGUGAAAGACGAAGAUGACUUAAUACACGAACUUUCCAUUUUAAUAGAAGAUAAAGCAAACAAAGCUAUAGAAAAAGAUGAGCUUUUCAAAAUUGGAUUAUCAGGUGGCUCUCUAAUCAAGUUUCUUUCUAUUGGGUUACCAAAAAUCGAAACAGAUUGGUCUAAAUGGAGAUUAUUUUUCUGCGAUGAACGAGUAGUCCCAACAGAAAGUUCAGACUCUACGUAUGGAAUGUACAAAGCAGCAUUGAUAGGCACUGUGCCUUUGACUGAAGACCAGUUUAUAAAAAUUGAUCCGAAUUUGACAGCGGAGGAGGCGGCCCGGGACUACAUCCAGAAGCUGUCGGUGUUCUUCCCUCCCGACUCGCUGCCGCGCUUCCACCUGCUGCUCCUGGGCGUGGGGCGCGACGGCCACACCUGCUCCCUGUUCCCGGGACACCGCCUGCUGGACGAGACCAGCGUGUGGGUGGCGCCCGUCGCGGACUCCCCCAAGCCCCCGCCGUCCCGCGUCACCCUCACCUUCCCGGUCGUCGACAACGCCGAGUGCGUGGCUUUCGCCCUGGCCGGGGCGGGCAAGGCCGACGUGGUCCGGAGGAUCCUGAAGGACAAGGAGCCUCUUCCCGCAGGCAGAGUGAAUCCGACCAAUGGGAAGCUGAUCUGGCUUCUGGACGACGAGGCCGCCCAACAUAUCAAAGAUGUCACGCCAUAAAGCAUAGCGAAGAAGCAAGACUCUGUGAUUUAUUUUGUAUGGGGGAAAUAUGAAAUAUUCCACUUCCUGAUGUAAAUUUAUUUUCGCUAGUUUUACAAAAGUUUUUAUGGUUAUCCAAAAAAAAUAAAAAUUAUAUAUAUAUAUUUAAGAGAAGCUUAUAAGCUUUUGUCAUGCAGGAUUUGCACCUGAUGUUCCUUAUCACGGAUUCAACACCGCGGGAGAGUACCGUAAGUCUGUCAAGGUGUUGUUGAUCACAUCCUUGUUUGUUUUCUCCUUGCGUAGGCUGUCUGUAGGCAUGUGCGAAUAAGUAUUUAUAUACCUAUGUUGAAUAAAAAUGGAUUAUAUUUUUCGAACUGAAUGAAAAUUAUUGUAAUUACAAAUAUUUUUAAGGGGUCAAAAGAGUAAAAAUAAUUCUCAUUUCCAUGAUAUUUUAUAUUUUUAUUGUAAAUUGAGGGAAGAGGAUUUAAUUUAGAUUUGAACAUAUUCUAAGCAUAAUUUUUGAUACAGAAAAUUAAAAUAUAUUUAGCAAUUAUUUUUAACCCUGCUGCUGUUCUGCUUAGAUUUAUAUUCACUUUUACUGUUUGGGUCAGUAUGACCCAAAAAAGUGCAUUUUACUCGUAAGUACACACACAAACUUCUAUUUUAUCCUCCCAAUUUUACCAACUCCAUUCAUACUUAAUGGUUUUUAUUAAAAAAACCAGCAACAAUUAAGUUCCAUUCAGAUUUACAAUUCACACUGUUCGGACCAAUAGGUUUGACCGAAAAAUUAAUUUUAUGGUCUUCACCACAAAUCUCCAGUUUUACUAUACAUUAUUUGCUAAUUACUACCAUACAACAGAUAAAACAGAUCAGCAAACAUUAAAAAAAAGCAUCAGGAAACUAUGUAUAAAAAAAAAAGAAAUAGCCUCAGGUGUCUAUUAGAGAUCUGUCUCGAGAAAAUACUUUGUGAAUGAUGUUCGUCAUCAAAUUUUUCAUGUCAAUCAGAAUAUUGGCAUUCUGUAUUCUAUUAUCUGCAGCUGGGACGUUAAUAAUAUACAUUUAACUGUUCAAGACAUUGUUGCUUUAAAUGUGGACAAGCAUUAUCUGGAUACCAUAGACUUUUGGUAGAUUCUCCACAGAAACAAGAUUAAGUGCUUAUAGCAAUAAAACUAAAAUAAAAGCAAAAUGAAAGGCAAAACAAUAAAACCAAAAUAAUGUUACUGAAUAAGCUAAUUUUGUCUCUUAAAACGUUAGAUUUAUUUUGUGAAUCUUAAUAAGAUUUUGCUAGGAAAAUUGUAACAUUUAUUUCACAAGUACGUAUAAAAAUGUAUGUAAUCUAAUGUAUCGGUUUUUAGGAGUAAAAUAGAAAUUAUUUUUUCAACAUUGCAUAGUGAUUUUUUGGUCAGUAAAUAAUAAUGUAAUAAUAAGGCAUUGACAAAUGGUAAAAUGUUAAUUUGAAACUAUGCAUAUUACUAAAAAAAAGUAACCACACAAUUACUUCUAAAGCUAUAUAGUUUGAGUUGUUUUAAUAAUAGAAUGUGAUACAUACCACAAUUAAAGUAAUUUUAUGUGAUUUUGUUUGAUGCUGUAUAACCUUGAUAUUAUUGAAUAUAAAACCAUGAAACCUUGGCUCUGAUAAUGGAAUGAACCAUACCUACCAGGCUUAGAAAAAAUAUGAUUAUUAAUUUUUGAAUUUGAAAGUUGUUGAUUUGUUUCCUGAAAUUUUGCAAAACACUUUUUACAGUGUUAUUAGCAUGGAGUUAAGAAUUGUCACUCACUUUGUCACUUUGUACCUCACAAUGGCCAUAUUGCGACACCAAAUAAGGUCAUUUGAAACUGUUUCCAAAAUGUGACCACUUCACUUCAUUCAAUGUUUCAGGUGUCCCUCAAACUUGGUUAUAAACCAUCUCUAUAUAUAUAAAUGGAUGUUGGUAUGUAUGAUGUCGAUAAACUUGAACACAGUUUGACCUAUCACCAUGACAGUUGGCACCCCUGAGUGUUUUUUUAAUGGAGGAGGUUUUUAUGCUAUUCAUUUUGCUGUAACUUGCCACCAGAUGGCUCUGCAGCACAUCAAAUUUUAUUAAUUACAUUCAACCGAUCGCCAUGAAAAUUGGUAUAUUUUAAUUUUUACGUCUUUAAUCCUCAAUAACAACAAAUAGUGAUUGUGAAUGUGAUUAGGAAUUAGUGAGUGAGUUUAAAAUGGAAUACCAUUUCAAAUGCUUUAUAGAUUCUAAAUUACAUACAAACCAUCCAUUUGAGAUAUAUAGGACAACAUCUGCCGAGUUCUGCUAGUAAAACAUACAAACGAUCAAAAUCUGCUUAAAAAAAAGUUAGCCUAAAGUGUAGAUAAAUAAUGUAGGUAGUCCUUGUCAACCGGUUCAAGAAUUUAAAUUUCUGAAUUUUUUAAAAUAUUUUUUCUUUGAAUUUUGUGUCUCAAAUUUCAAAUAUGAAUAUUAAAUGUUUGAUGGUCUGUUUUUAUUGGCCCAAAUCUAAUAAAAACAAAGGAAUACUGAAAGCUCCUGUUUUAUAAAUGAUGUUAACCUAAAUAUAAACCCAUUAAUUAUUCCUUAUUUAAUUUUCUAUGCUUUAACACCGAGUUAAGUUGGCAUUACAUGCAAACUUCCCUGUACAUACUCAAAGUAUGUAGAGGAACCAGAAAGUGAAGUGUGUUCUGCUUUUAUUAUGUGACAGUUGUUAUCCUGCAUGCAUAAUGACUGUAUUUAAUAGUGACAUAGUCUAUGUUUAAUCUUUAAAAAAUAAUAUUAAUAUUUUUUCCCUCCAAACAAUCAAGUAAUGAUUUAAUUUUUUUUAAUUUUUUUUGUUUUGCUUGUUAAAGUAUGUGUAUUUCAUUAAAUUUGAUUCAAAUUUUAAGAUUAUGACUUUAAAAAUUCGCACAUGCCUAGGUAUUUUUCCCCAUACUACUGUACAUUUUGCUCUGUCACUAUGCUUGUAACCAUUGAUUGUAACUACCCAAUGAUUAAAGGAAUGUGUUGUGAUUAUUGAUAAUUUUUCACAUUUCAUGUUGAUGCAUCCAUGGAACAUUCAUUUUUGGGUUCUGUUCAGGUUUGUAUCACUGCAACUAUAGUUUUUUGUUACAAAUAGCAUAUAUUUUUUUAAUUUUUCUAACGAAGAAUUUCUGUGCAUUUAAAAUAUUUGUUCUUGUUAUAAAAAUAUAUAUAUUUUUCCUUGUUUAAAUUUAUUUUUACUGCUUAACCUAUACGUGCAAUAUGAUUUUGGUGAUAUAAUUUAAUUUAUGAGUACCGAUAUUUUAUAUGUAUGAUAUCAAAUGAUGCCGUCGUGAAAACUAUUCCCUGAUAUUUUCGUGAAACACAAAUUAUGAAAUGUGAAACACUUUAUGUAACAAUUUUGGGAAUGAACUACAUACAAAGUUCUUUAUUAAUUUUAUAUUCCAAUAAAUAAGACUGCUUUAUGGAUGAAUUGAAUUGUUUCUUCUUAUGUUACCGUUUGGUCUUCAUCACUGUAGUAAUAUUUUAAGUAUUUUGAAAAUGACCAAAGUUCUGCAUAAGCACAGUACUUUUAUCUUUCAAACUAAAGAUGACUAGAAGGGUAGCUGGAUGUAAUUUUCUUUCUUACUGCCUAAAAUUUAAACAAAUAAUUCAUUUAUUUUUUAUAAUCAAUAUUUUAAUAUUUGGUACCUACAGGCAUGUUUAUUUGAAGGCAGAAUAAAAUUUUAGCAGCAUC